AUGAGUCUUUCACCAUUACCACCGACCCCAUCCUUCCCUUCAUCACCCUCUUCCAGUACCCGAAAACGAUCAAUCCACGAAGUCGACGAUGCUGCAUUGCCCUCCGUUGGCCCAAAGAGGGCAUUGACGACAUUCACUGGAGAGAAUCAAGAGAACCACGAUCCCACAUCCCAGAUAAAUAUAGAGAAGAGCCCAUCGCAAGACUCACAAGACACAAAGCCCACUUCAGGCAAUUUGAAUCCCCAGGUUGUGAUUCCGUUCAAAAAUAUUGGACCAGUAUUGGCACCCACCCAUGGUGACUCCACUGUUAAUAAUACCGGCGGGGAAACACCUCAAGGAUCACCUGUGAAGGUUGAUAUGGCCGCGAAAAAGCGUAAGCUUUCGCCAAAUUCAAAAGACUUUAAACAGCAAGAAAAGGAGCUUAAGGAGCGUCAACGGCUAGAAGAGAAGGCCAAGAAGGACGAGGAGAAGAAGAAGCGCGAUGCGGAGCGAGAAGAAGAAAAAAGGUUAAAGGAGGAAGAAAAGAAGAAGCGGGAGGCCGAGCGUGAGGAGAAGAAAAAGGCCAAGGAGGAAGAGAGGAAGGCCAAGGAGGAAGAGAAGAAGGCUAAGGAGGAAGAGAAGAAGGCUAAGGAGGAGGAGAGGAAGGCCAAAGAAGAGGAGAAGGCCGCGAAAGAAGCAGCGAAGGAAGAGGCAAAGCUUAAGAAAGAAAGAGCACAACCUAAGCUUAACUCGUUCUUCGCGAAACCUCAACUCCCCCCUUCACCCGCAAAUAUCCCAGCAUCCCCCAAUAAAGCUGCUUCCAAGGUCGAUGAAGCUUCAACCGCCUCUCAACCAACCCAAUCCGACUACGCCAAAACAUUUCCUGAAUUCUUCUUACAAUCACAUACUGUUGUUGCUCCUCCGCAUCGAUUUGAGCGCGACGCCGAUGCGUUAACACAUGUACGACACACAAUUGAUAUAUCUUUGAACUCCGGAGACCAUACAUCCCAGCCGCAGCCACUCCGUCCAUCACAAAUAUUUCAUAUAAUUCCUUAUCGUCGAAAACGCGGCCGCAUUGUCAACUCCGUCAAAGAAAUCCUACUACGAAUGCAAUCUUUGAGCGAUGUCGCCAACCAGCCAGGGAAUAAAGUUAGUAGUGAAGCAGUGAAGGAGCCCCUCGAUCAGCUAAGCCGGAUCACCAUUAAAUCACUGAAGUUUGGCGAGGACAUUCGUCCCGCCUAUCAAGGCACAUUUACAAGAGCGGUACCUGAGGACAUCGCGAAGAAAGUUUGUCGCAACCCAUACCGUCGUGGAAUACCCGAAAUCAAUUACGAUUAUGAUUCUGAAGCCGAAUGGGAAGAGCCAGAAGAGGGCGAGGACUUAGAUUCAGAAGAGGAAGAGGAAGCAAGCGACGAAGACGAGGAUGAGAUGGACGGAUUCUUGGAUGACGAGGAUGAUGCGUUGGCGGGAGGCAAGCGGCGUUUGAUUGUCGGUGACCUCGAACCGAACUGCAGUGGGAUCCAGUGGGCUGGGGACGGUGUUGAUGAGGAAUUAAAAACGUAUCAGAUUGAAACGAUCUCUGAUGCUGUACAGUUCCCCAUCGACCCUUUCUCAACUGUGUACUGGCAAAAACCCCGCACUGCAGAACAAGCCUUGCAGAAAGCACGGGCAACGCAGAAGCCGGGUAGUUCUCUUGAUAUGUUCCGGGUUCCUCCUGGUCCUGAUGCAGGCGUGACCAGCAAUGGCCUCCCGCCGCCGCCACCUACAUCUAAGGCCCGCCGACCGUUUCCACCCGAACAGUUGACGGAAUUCAAGGAAGUGGUUGAGGGUAGUGACUUGAGUAAGAUUGGAGUGGUUGAGAUCUUGAAGAAACGAUUCCCUAAGGUGUCUAAAGAUACAUUGAAGGCCACGUUAGAUCAGGUUGCUGUACGUGUGGGUCAAAAGGAAGCCGAUAAGAAAUGGGUGUGUCGGUGA